AUGGUUCCGCUCGGUGGACCAGUCGGUCAUGGUGGGCAUCCAAUCCACAUUCCCACUCCGAUACAAAACGCGCCCCCACCAUCGCAGAGUCAGCACACACCAUCUAGCCAGAACCGGCAGUCAUUAUCAGUGAAACCAAAUUAUACACUUAAAUUUACCCUUGCCGGCCACACUAAAGCAGUUUCGGCAGUAAAAUUUAGCCCCAAUGGCGAAUGGCUGGCAAGUUCAUCUGCCGAUAAGCUGAUCAAAAUAUGGGGAGCAUACGAUGGAAAGUUUGAGAAAACGAUUUCCGGACACAAGCUCGGUAUAAGCGAUGUUGCAUGGUCCAGUGAUAGCCGCCUGCUGGUGACGGCCAGUGAUGACAAGACACUUAAAAUCUGGGAACUGAGCUCGGGCAAAUGCCUGAAGACGCUGAAAGGCCACACCAAUUACGUGUUCUGCUGUAACUUCAACCCGCAGAGUAACCUCAUCGUUUCGGGCAGUUUCGACGAGUCGGUGCGCAUCUGGGACGUCCGUACGGGCAAGUGUUUGAAGACGCUACCCGCUCACUCCGAUCCGGUGUCGGCAGUGCACUUUAACCGCGACGGCUCGCUGAUCGUAUCGUCCAGCUACGAUGGGCUGUGUCGCAUCUGGGACACGGCAAGCGGACAGUGUCUGAAAACGCUGAUUGACGAUGACAAUCCGCCGGUUUCGUUCGUCAAGUUCUCCCCAAAUGGAAAGUACAUCCUCGCGGCCACGCUCGAUAACACGCUGAAGUUGUGGGACUAUUCGAAAGGCAAAUGCUUGAAGACGUACACUGGCCAUCGGAACGAAAAGUAUUGCAUCUUUGCGAACUUCUCCGUCACCGGGGGCAAGUGGAUCGUGUCGGGGAGCGAGGACCAUAUGGUGUACAUUUGGAAUUUACAGAGCAAGGAAAUCGUGCAGACGCUGCAGGGUCACACCGAUACGGUGCUGUGCACGGCGUGCCACCCGACGGAGAAUAUUAUCGCUUCAGCCGCGCUUGAGAACGAUAAGACGAUAAAGCUUUGGAAGAGCGACACGUAGAGGGUGUUUAGCUGUUUAAAGUGGCUUCCCAUCAGAUUCGCAAAAGCUGCGUGAAAUCAUAAAUUUUAAGCGAAAUGAAGCAUCGAGCGGAAUCAAGAGGAAUUCAUGGCGAAGUUGAUGCCGGAGUUCGACGUUGUGUGUAUAAUAAUAUACAAAAUAAGUAAGUAGGAUAUCGUAAGGAACGAAGUUGUCGGCUUUUAUUUUCCUCCGAUGAGCCUGGUAGCAGAGAGGAGUGCGAGAAAUGAAACGUUCCCGUGGAAUUUCUUUACUACAAAGCACACAAAUCAUUCAUUGCCGUAAUUUAUCCAAAUUAC